AUGACAUCCUCACGAAGCUUGACCGCCUUGUUGGCGCUUCUAGCUCUCAGCCUCCCCCUGCUCGCUACACUCAUUCCCACAGCCUCUGGCGGCAUCGCUGAUCAGGCCAUCAGGCGCACUGUUGCUCCUAGGUUCUUCAAUGCUACCAAUCUGGAUGCCUGCAAAGCCAUCGAAGCUGCCAUCGACCGCACCGCAACACCAGUCUCCACCCUCGAAUACUUUGGCGGCUUCAACUACUUGCUCUCGACCGGGCGGUACAUCAGCUCGGCAGCCAAUACCCCCACGUGCGUCUUCAUCCCUACCACGCCCAAGGACCUCGCCAGCGCCGUCAAGAUCAUUGGCCAGAAGCGAAUCUCCUUUGCAGUCUCGAGCGGCAGACACGCCUCCAACGCUGGCUUCUCCUCCACCACCGGCGUCGAAAUCAGCCUAAAGGGCUUUCAGCACGUUACGCUCAGUCAGGACAAGUCUUACGUCGACGUGGGAAGCGGCAACAUUUGGGAUAACGUGUAUGCCGCACUGGAAGGAUCUGGCUACAACAUCGUCGGAGGACGCGUGACUGGCGUAGGAGUCGGCGGCUUCAUCACGGGUGGAGGCGGUUUCAGCUGGAAGACAAAUCAGUACGGUCUGACCAUCGACACGCUCCUGCAAGCAGAUCUGGUCACACCCUCUGGCAAAGUACAAACCGUCACUGCUGCUUCUGACCCGGAUCUCUUCUGGGCCAUCAAGGGAGGCGGCAACCGCUUCGGGGUGAUCUACAAUUUCAGAUUGAAGAGCGUUCCUCAGGUCGCGCAGGUGUGGGGAGGCUUGAGAACGUACACCCAGGAUCAGCUCGACAAUGUCGUCCAGGCGACGUACGACUUUGCUGUCCACAACAAAGAUCCCAAAGCGCAGGUGAUCCCAACCAUCAAUCACGUGCUGGGUCAACCUGGAGUGUCUUUGCUGGCCUUUUAUGACGGACCUACGCCGCCUGCCGAUGUCUUUGCCGCAUUCAACAAGCCCGGCUUCAAUACCUUUACUUCUGACUGGAAAACUCGAUCCUUCGGCGACCUUGUACGUUCGUCGCCUUCGAACGCCACAGCUGGUCAGAGAGGUGCUUUCCACUCUGUCACUUUCAAGUCCUACUCCAUUCCCAUCUUGCAGCAAAUCGUCAACCAGACCCGCUACUACGGCUCUCAGCAGCCUUUCCACUCUGGCGUCUUCACUUCGUACGAUGUGGAGCCUUUCCUGCCCAACUAUGCGGCAGGCACCAACAAAGGAGGUGCUUGGCCCCACGACCAAUCUCCACUACCUCUGAACAUUUACUUUACUUGGCUGAACCCUCUGGACGAUGCAUUCUGGGCCAAGGAGAUCAAGAAGACGGCAGCCCUUUUGCGAGCCCAAGCUGUCAAGGAGGGCCAAAACCUUGACGAUGUCUACUUGUACCCCAAUUACGCGAUUGCGGGCACCAGUUCAAACAAAGUCUACGGUCCUCAGAGCGCGCAGAGGCUUCGAACGCUCAGAAAGAAGUACGAUCCAAAGAACGUCAUGGGCUUGACCACAUACUUCGAGUUCUGA